CCCACAUCGUUGGAAUACAUUACAGUCUUCUCAUUAAAUAUAAUCUAGAGUAGAUUUUGUGUUUUAUAGAAGACAUAGGAACUUUGAAAUACAUGCAGCAUUUGAUCACUUCCCAGUGCUGCCAUCAUUUCCAUCCUAGUCCAAGGCUCUACUCUGUUUGUCUUGACUGUUGAAAUAACCUUCUAGCAGGAGUCUGCUUCAUUCUUGUUCCCCUUGUUUAUUCUUCACACAGAGAUAUCUUUUCCACAAGUUAAGUCAGAUCAUUGUCAUUCUUGUAUUGAAAACCCUCCAAUGGCUUCAUUCAGGCUAAAGUCAAAGAUCUUGCAGUUGCCAGUAAAGCCCUGAUGGAUGUGGCUGCCUGCUGCCUCCUCAGUCUCAUCGCCGCUACCCUCCUCCACCAUGUCCCAGCUUUGCUUCAGCCAGAGCCAGGCUUCUCGCUGUUUCUAGAGCACGCCAAGCCCUCUCUCACUGGAGGCCUCUGCACCUGUACUUUCUCUCUGGGACACUCUUUCCCCACACUCCUGUGACUCACUCCUUCAUUUCUUCACGUCUCUUUUCACGUGUCAUCUUCACUGCGUGGUCUUUCCUGACAUGUAAAGUAGUGCAUCAUUGAAUGCUUUGCUUUAUUUCUUUUACGUAAUUAAAAUCACCUGACUUACCGUGUAAUUGUUUAGUGGGUUUUUCCCCUUUGUCUCCCCCUGCUAGAAUGUCAGCUCCAGGAGAGCAGGCACUUUGUCUUCUUUAAUAAUGUGUCCCUGGCUACAGUAGAUCUAGCACAUGGUGGGCAGUCAGUUUGUUGAGUUAGUGCUUAAAGAACUUCCAGAGAUGCAUUUGCUGGUGAGAGGUAAAGAGCAACUGCUUUGGGUGUGCGUUACAGAGAGGCGGGAGUUGUGGGAAGAGGGGAGGCAAGCUGCUAGAAGAGCAGUGUGGUUUAUUUUCAGUUGAGGAUAAUACCUUGAGGGAACCUAUGUAAGUGGAUGCGCUACAAGGAUGGAUAGACUCUGUAGAUACCCUUUUUCUUUAGCUUUUUAAAAUGAAGCGUACCAUACAUAAAGAGAAGUAAAGCUUGAUGUGUUAUCGCGAAGUGAGCACAUGGGGUGUUGUUUUUAGCUGAUUCUUUCAAUGCCUGGCAGAGGGGGGUUUAAAGUAAUCUAUCCCAUGAUGGAGCAGCUGAUUGCGCUCCAGGGCUCACUGUCCAGUGUGGUAAGUGGUAGUCGUGUGUGGCUGAUGAGCACGUGAAAUGUGGCUAGUGCAAACGAGGAACUGAAUUUUUAAUUUGAAUUUAAAAACUAGUAGUCAAUUCAGUUAUUAGAAAACUUCUAAGUAUGUUUGGAACAAGUUGAAUAUAUGAAUCUCCUUGUUCAGCUGUAAAUUUUAUGAAAUCUGAAUACAAAUCAAAGAUCUCCCAUGAAAAUUUAGCAUUCAAAUUGAGAUGUGCUGUAAGCAUAAAGUGCACAUGGGACUUUGAAGACUAACUACCAAAAACCUCUAUAAAACAUCUCAUUAACAAUUCUUUAUACUGAGUAUAUGUUGAAAUGAUAUUGUGAGUAUAUCUGGUUAAAUAAAAUAGAUUGUUAAUUCCACUUGUUUCUUUUUUCCUUUUUUAAACGUGGCUACUAGAAUGAGUAAAAUAAAUGGCUCACAUUCUGUUUCCCUUGGACAGGGCUGCUCUAAGUGGUUUCCAAGAACUAAGCCUUUUGGUUUGGCAACUCUUUCCCCCUUUUGAAUUGUUAGAUUCGAAAGAUUCUUCUCUUCUGGAGAGUAAUGAACAAAGGAAAGGUAGGCUAAAGAGCAAAGGAAGCAAAAGGAAGAAAGAAGAUCUCCAGGAAGCAGAUGGAGAAAUAGCAGCUGUCCUGGAAAAGAGAGCUAAAGCCAGGGGGCUAGAGCUGCAGAUCUCCAGCGUGACGUUCGAAGAUGUUGGAGGCAAUGAUACGACAUUAAAAGAAGUCUGCAAGAUGCUCAUACACAUGCGUCACCCGGAGGUGUACCACCACCUGGGCGUCAUUCCCCCUCGUGGAGUCCUCCUUCAUGGACCGCCAGGCUGUGGGAAGACAUUGCUGGCACAUGCAAUUGCUGGGGAACUUGACCUUCCGAUUCUGAAAGUAGCUGCUACAGAAGUUGUGUCUGGAGUAUCUGGAGAAUCUGAACAGAAGCUGAGGGAACUGUUCGAACAAGCUGUGUCAAAUGCACCCUGUAUCCUUUUUAUUGAUGAAAUUGAUGCUAUUACCCCCAAAAGAGAAGUUGCUUCCAAAGAUAUGGAACGAAGGAUUGUGGCCCAGCUCCUAACCUGCAUGGAUGAUCUGAAUAACGCGGCGGCUACAGCUCGGGUCCUAGUCAUUGGAGCCACUAACCGGCCAGAUUCCUUAGACCCUGCUUUGAGACGUGCUGGAAGGUUCGACCGAGAAAUAUGCCUCGGCAUCCCAGAUGAAGCAUCCAGGGAAAGAAUACUUCAGACUUUGUGCAGAAAACUACGACUUCCCGACACUUUUCAUUUUCGCCACUUAGCACACCUGACGCCGGGCUUUGUCGGCGCUGAUCUGAUGGCGCUCUGCCGAGAGGCAGCCAUGUGUGCAGUCCACAGGGUCUUAAUGAAGCUCCAGGAGCAGCAGAAGAAAGAUCCCGAGACUGAAGGUUUGCCGUCUGAAGGAGGCCGGGAAGAGAGGGCUGGAACUGAGCCCACUUCCGAAACACAGGAUGAAUUGCAAAGGCUACUGGGGUUGCUAAGAAACCAAGAUCCCCUCUCAGAGGAGCAGCUGCAAGGGCUGUGCAUUGAACUGAAUGAUUUCAUUGUUGCUCUAUCCUCUGUGCAACCCUCUGCCAAAAGGGAAGGCUUUGUCACUGUGCCUAAUGUGACGUGGGCAGAUAUUGGUGCCCUGGAGGAUAUUAGAGAGGAGCUCACCAUGGCAAUAUUGGCGCCAGUACGUAACCCAGAUCAGUUCAAAGCUCUUGGAUUGGUGACUCCAGCUGGAGUCCUCCUUGCUGGUCCUCCUGGCUGUGGGAAAACUCUGCUGGCAAAGGCUGUUGCAAAUGAGUCUGGACUAAAUUUUAUAUCAGUCAAGGGCCCUGAAUUACUAAAUAUGUACGUUGGUGAGAGUGAGCGUGCGGUGCGACAGGUGUUUCAGCGAGCCAAGAACUCAGCGCCCUGUGUGAUCUUCUUUGAUGAAGUGGACGCCUUAUGCCCCCGAAGAUCAGACCGAGAGACGGGGGCAAGUGUCCGGGUGGUGAAUCAGCUGCUUACAGAGAUGGAUGGUCUAGAAACACGUCAGCAGGUUUUUAUUAUGGCAGCCACUAACAGGCCAGAUAUCCUUGACCCUGCGAUCCUGCGCCCAGGCCGGCUGGAUAAGACACUCUUUGUGGGUCUGCCGCCCCCAGCAGAUCGCCUCGCCAUCUUAAAAACGAUCACAAAAAAUGGCACCAAACCCCCACUGGACACAGAUGUAAAUUUGGAACAAAUUGCUCGUGACUGCCGCUGUGAUCGCUAUUCGGGCGCGGAUCUCUCUGCCUUGGUGCGGGAAGCUUCUCUGUGUGCCCUGAGGCAGGAAAUGGCAAGACAGAGGAGUGGAAGUGAAAAAGGUGAGCUCAAGAUCGGUCAGAAGCACUUUGAAGAAGCUUUCGAGAAAGUAAAAUCAUCUAUAUCAAGAAAGGAUCAGGCGAUGUAUGAAGCUGUGCAGCGCUCCCUAAGCCGCUGAGUCGUGCAGCAGCGGCCGCAGAGGAGCCCGGCGUGGAGCCGGCGCAGAGGCCCUGGCGCUCCGGGCGGCCCGCCCUCGGCUGGACGUGGCCGUGGGCUCCUGCACCCGCUCUCUCCUCAAGCGAACGAGGCCGGGUCGGAGCCGAAGAAUCUUCUCCUCUGGCCAAGCUUCUGUGGAAACACCCCACCUCCUCUUUAAGAAAAAGAAAAAUUUUUUAACUGCAAAAUAAAAUAAAUGAUACUUUUUAAAAAUAAAAUGGUGGUUUUGAAACAAUCUCAACUGUACUGUGGAAAAGUUGCAAUUACAAUAAAAAAGAACGUUUUUUCCCCUUA